AUGUUCAAGCACCCACGUCUACCAGUCGAGUUUGGGCAGGUAUUUGAACGCUCAGGCGUACACCGUGACACUCUUGCUCGUUUGGAGGAACCUUGGACAGACGAGUUACUCUCCAAUGUGAACGAAUUUAUAAAGUUAACACCGGAGUAUCAGCAACCGUUUGUUGAAAAUGCGAUCACGUUAACACGACGGCAGAUGAUGAUCGCGAUGCGGAACAAAGCUUUUAUCCGCGUACGAGGCCUCAUGGUGAUCGUGGUUGCUCUCCUGUACGGCAGCCUGUUUUACCAGUUGGAGCCUACGAACGUUCAGGUCACAAUGGGCGUUUUAUUUCAGAGUCUGUUCUUCCUUGGACUAGGACAAUACGCACAGGUCCCGGGCUACUGCAGCAUACGUGGCAUCUUUUACAAGCAGCGUCGAGCGAGCCAUGUCCGCACUUCUGCGUACGUGUUGGCGUGUUCAGCCAGCCAAAUUCCAUGGGCGUUGGGUGAGACGGUGGUGUUUGGUACGCUAGUGUACUGGAUGUGUGGCUUCGUUGCCACCGUGGGGAAUUUCUUGCUGUACGAGCUGCUAGUUUUCCAGACAUUGAUGGCGUUUGCAGCUUGGUAUUUCUUCAUGGCAGCCGUGGCGCCAGAUAUGCACAUGGCAAAACCAAUGUCGAUGAUGUCCAUCUUUACGUUUGUUGCGUUUGCGGGCUUCGUGAUCCCGAAGAACCAGAUCCCAGACUAUUUUGUGUGGAUUUACUGGUUAGACCCCAUUGCCUGGUGUCUGCGAGCUGUCGCCGUUAGUCAGUAUCGCUCAUCUGCAUUCGAUGUGUGCGAGUACGCUGGGAUCAAUUACUCUGGGUUUGGCUUGGAGUGGUGA